AAAGUAACACUGUUCUGUAUUUACUCAAAAACAAAGGUUGAGAAACAAAGAUAUGGUAUUAGGCGGCGACGAUAACGGAGCGGAGGCAGAUCGGUGGUUAGUCACAUCGAAGGAGCUUCUAGCCUCAAGUGACUUCAAAGGAGCAAAGACAUUGGCCAUCCGCGCAUGCGAAGAAGACUCGUCCCGAACACAUGCAGCGGACUACAUCAUCGCCAUCGCCGACACUCUCCUCGCCGGAGAAUCCACCGUCGGAGAUUCUAAACUACCUGACUGGUACGCGGUGCUCCGACUCGAGAAACUAACCCAAAGCCUCGAACGCGUCGCGGUUCAGUACCGUAGACUCGCUCUUCUCCUCAACCCCACUGUGAACCGUCUCCCUUUCGCCGAUCAAGCGCUCAAGCUCGUCUCUGACGCUUGGUGCGUCCUCUCUGAUCCUCCUAGAAAGUCUAUCUACGACCACCAACUCGGUCAACCUCAAAGCCGGCAACCGGAGCAGUUAGCUGAGACCUCGGAGAGUCCUAAGGCUGCGAGCUUUUGGACGGCGUGUCCGUACUGCUACGCGCUUUUCGAGUACCCUAAGGGCUACGAGGAAUGCGCGUUGAGGUGUCAGCAGUGCGGGAGAGCGUUUGAAGCGGUUAAGACGGAGACGCCGCCGGUGGAGAGUAAUGGCCAGGGCGUUUACUUUUUCUGUUCGUGGGCUAUGUUUCCUGUAGGGUUUUCAGGUGAUGCUAAAACCUCUGGUUCUUGUUGGUCGCCAGUUUCAGCUCUCUUCCACUGCCCUGUGCUAAGCGCUGAUCAUCAUCAGGCAAAUAUUAAAGCAUCUGCUUCAGGAAACUAUCACGACGUUGAUGGUGAUGGUGAUGAGUUAUAUAUUAACAUAUCUGAUGAUGAGGAGGAGAGAGAUGAUGCGAAGAAAAAUAAGAAAGGAGGAUGAUAUCAAAAGGAUAGAGUUUUUUGAGGAACUUGAUGAGUUCUUGAAAAAUAUGUUAAUACUUUUGUGUUGUUGUAGCUGAUAAGGUCAAGGCUACUUAGUGAAAGUAAGACCUUUAUUAUGUCCUUGUUUGUUUUGUGGUUGCAUGUUCUCGGGCCUAUGUAUUGUUAGUAGUUGAAAAUGAUGUAGCUUUGAUUCGUUUGUGGAAUCAAUGUAAUGUAAUCUUAUGUAUAACCUUUAUGUAUCAUAUCCAAGAACUGGUUUCGGAUGA